AAAAUGACAGGCGCCAGCUUGAUCUUAAUUACACAAAGAUGGACAGAAUGGAUCCACACGAGGAGGAGGCAGAGGGUGAAAUGUUCAAUGUUUCUUUGGGAGACGAAAGUACAGAUUUUAGCACUUUGCAGUUGGAGUUCAGCCCACUAGACUCGUCCUCAAUGAUGAUGAACUCUGACAUGGAUGCUCUGGAAGUUGAAAAUCAGGUAGAAUUAGAAGAAAAGACUCGACUGAUUAACCAGGUCCUGGAACUUCAGCACACUUUAGAAGACCUAUCUGCUCGCGUCGAUGCUGUUAAAGAGGAAAACCUGAAGCUCAAGUCAGAAAACCAGGUUCUUGGACAGUAUAUUGAGAACCUCAUGUCGGCCUCCAGUGUCUUCCAAACAACAGACACCAAGAGCAAGCGGAAGUAGUGCAUUUUCCCUUCACUGGUUUAACUUGUACAGUACUCGAGUAGCAUAUGUGGGUCCAGUUAGUAUAGAAUGUGCAUUCACCCAGACACUACUUGUGUAGACUGAUUCUAUGUAUAGUGACUGCACAAACAAUACUAUGAUAAUAAAAUGGCAUCACCAUUUUUUUAAAUGUAUUAACAACAAUAAUGUAAGGUGCCCAAAGGUCC